CUCUUUUUAUGGUUAAGUAAUGAUGGGGCAGGGCAUAUGGCGCGCUUCCAAUCUACUCCACCACGGCGGUACUUGGGGCAACCUCGGAUACGUGCUUGUCGCACGCCAUCGGAAAGGCAUUGAUUGCCAAGGUCAUGCAGCUGGACCUUCUUCCGACAUACUCUCGUUAGCCAUUGGUGACGCUGCCUCCAGGCCGAUGAUAAUUCCCUGCAACCUCUGGAAGGCGUAUGCUGCUUGACUCUAUCCAUCAUGUCCACCACUGAUGCUGAAGUUCGCCAUGGACUGUUGACAAUGACUGUGGUAUCGGCGGUACUCCCGCCGAUAGGUAUCCUCCUCACUACCUUCCGCCUCUACGAGCGGACAAUCCAGCGCCGAUUAUGGUGGGAUGAUGCAGUAGCCGCGGUUACGCUUGUACUCGCCAUCAUCUUCACGGUAACAGACGAGCUGCUUGUCCGUCUGCGCGAGUAUCCAGGCGAGUUCUCCCAGGACACAAAGAUUCAUCUGUAUUACAUGGGUGCUAUCUUCUAUUAUCUGGUGACGUGGGGAGCUAAGGUCUCCAUCCUUUUCACCAUCAUUCGCCUGCUGCUUCCGGGGAGAUUUCGUCGAACCCUCGGCCUUUUCACUGUCGCGUUCCUCGUGGCAGUAUCGGUGUUGUUUGCGCAGGUAUUUUGGGUCUGUGAAACAGAGCCUGCCUGGAAAAAAGAGCAGCCACCGCAGUGCGAUCUCGGGCGAAAUGUCGCUAUAGCUCAAGUCAUAUGUGAUGUUACUACCGACGUAGUCCUCAUUGCAGCACCGGUGUCGCUCGUCUGGCGAGUCAAGUUGCAAAGACCCCAGAAAAUUCGAAUCAUAGCCAUCUUCUCCACUUCAAUAAUCAUGACAGCCGUCAGCCUCUACCACGCAGAUCUCGUGCUUAGGGAUGCGGGUAUAUCUGAAGACAUCGCAGCCGUAGCUCAGGCGUCAGUCAGCUUGAUUGUCGCUAAUCUGAACGUGAUUGUCGCUCUCAUCUUCCGCAUAUCCUCCGAUAGUGCGGACGCGCGCCCCGCGUCAGCCGGCAUGAAAUCUAUAUUGACGUUUGGAAGCGCGGGGAGGCGCACUAAGAGGGCGAACAACCUGCUGUCGACCACAUUCUUGAUGUCCGACGAGGGAAUGACCAUACCCACCUCCGCUAUUGUGCUUCAAGACCUGGGUAGUUCCACGCGCGAGGAUGCUGAUAACAUGUCAGAUAUGGCGGGUGUGACCGAUAUGGAUAAGAAGGAUAGUUUGAUGGAGAGGAAGCGAGCAGAGGAAUCGGUAUGAGGUAUUGGCUUGUACUAGUAGCACCACAUUAUGCCGGUCGUGCCCUCUGUCGUAUCCUCUCUCUUCUGCUAUUGACUUCCUGGUCUCGAAGUGCAUGAUGUCCAUGCUCUCUGGUUAAACGCUGAUGAUGCGUCCUGUUCAAAAGGGCUGUCUCCAGUGUUCAUGGACUGUAAGUAAUCGUGCAAAGCGUUGGAAACAAUGGUCUUCUGAGUUCACGGCAGUUGCUUAGCGGUCGGAUGAUUGUUG